UCAAUUCAUUCACCGGAAGUCUACAUUGAGCUGUGUGCCGAGUAGAUAGCUAAGAGACUUACAUUACAUACUAGUUAGUAAUAGUAACUCGUGUUUAUCAAUACUUGUAUUUAUUAUAGUAUGUAAAGUAGGUGGUUGACUUUAAUUAAUUAAUACAAUUUAUUUCAAUAAAGCUCCCACACCCAACUAGGUCUAGUGUACUUAUUGUUAAAUUACCAUUCAAUUAUUCCAUCAAAGGUAUCAUUGAAAUUGAUUUAACAUGGGAGAUGUACGGAAAUUAAAGAUCGGUAUUAUUGGAGGUUCCGGGUUUGACGACCCAUCACUCUUCGAGAACCAGGUGGAAAAGGAAGUGACCACGCCGUUCGGGAAGCCAUCGGACGUGCUGAUUGAAGGGCAGAUCAAAGGAGUGCCCUGCGUACUUUUGGCCAGGCAUGGGAGAAAGCAUCAGUAUCAACCAAGUGACGUGAACUACCGCGCCAACAUCUGGUCGCUGAAGGAGGCGGGCUGUACACACGUGCUCGCGACCACCGCCACGGGCUCGCUAGCGGAGGAGUACCGCCCCGGGGACCUCGUGGUUCUGGACGACUUUAUUGACAGAACGUGGGGACGCAAAUGCACGUUCUACGACCGCACUGAGGGCGGUCCGCGCGGCGUCUGCCAUCUGCCGAUGCGGCCCGCUUUCUGCGAGCGCGGCAGGCAGGCGCUGUUGAAGGCGGCAAGGGCUAGGGGCUUCUCUUGCCAUGACAAGGGCACUGCGGUCGUCAUACAGGGCCCUAGAUUCUCAAGCCGCGCUGAAAGUUUGAUGCACCGCCAGUGGGGCGGGCAUCUGGUCAACAUGACUACUGUACCUGAGGUGGUUCUAGCAAAGGAGGCGGGUCUGAGUUACGCUGCGGUGGCCUUAGUCACCGACUACGACUGUUGGCGGGAGAACGAAACGUCGGUAUCAGUGAGCGAAGUGCUCGCCAUGUUUGGCAAGAACGUGAAGAAGGCGGCCGACGUGAUCGUGGACGCCGUUCAGAUCCUCGCCGCCGACACCGGCGCGGGUUACCUUGACGAGCAUAAGAACCUGGUAGCAUCAUCAAUUAUGCUGAAAGAAUAGUUUUAAGAACAAGGGCGUAGUUCGGGCUCCUCUCCAAAGUGGAUGCAACCGGGACUAUAGCCAGGAGGAAUUAUAUAGUUUUAAGCACAAAUGCACAGAUCUUUAUUUUUUUUGUUACUUUUUACACUUUAUAUCCACUUAUAACGUAAUUUUUAUUUUAUCAAAUAAAACACACUGUUCCAUA